AUGUCUCAAAGCUGUGCGAUCACGACAUGCAAACGAGUAUCACGUGCUCUUUGCAAUUGCUGCCAUCAGAAUCUUUGUCGUGAUCAUUUGAAUGAACACGAUGAUUUACUGAAUGCUCAAUUGAAUCCGCUGGCCGAUGGAAUUAACAAACUCGGUGAUCAGUUGACGACAAUAAGUGCUGAACAAAUCUUGAGUCAAUCUCAUGAAAAACUUAAUCAAUGGCGUCAAGAUGCUUAUAAAACAAUUGAUCAUUUGUAUGAACAAAAAUAUGAAGAAGUCGGUCGAUUUAUUUCUCAAAAAAUCCACGAACAACAAGAAGAAAUUGUUCAAAACCAAUUCAAAAUAGGUCGAUUGAUGCAUGAACGAGAAGCGACUGUUGAUCACAUUGAUGCUUUAACUCUCAAUAUUCAAAAUAUCGAAGAACAAAUAAAAGAGAUCGAACAAAUCCCUGUUCGAAUUAAUAUUCGUCCUCUUGUCGUAGAUGAUUCAAUCAUUGACAUUGUGGAAACAAACCCGAAUCAAUUAAAUCUCUCCAAUCUUCCACCUGUUUAUCAGACUAUUAAACGUUCCGAUAACAAUUCAAGGGUAUUGGCGACUAAUGAUUGA